ACAAAUCUUACCGACUCACCCUCCCCGUGCUGCCCGUUACUACUACAUAAUAAGGCUGAUGGCAGCGCGCCCCCAAUGCCGGCGACAAGGGGGCUGAAACCACGACCUCGUAGCAGCAGAGAAAGACGACAAAAGCCGAGAAGAUAGUAAAUCCGUUCGACCUUCUUGGAAUUAUGGUCUUCAACCGCCUCCGCUUCCGGAGGAGAUUCGCCUGGCUUCAGUCGCCCGUUCUCUGGGUCGUCGGCCUUGCCUGCCUAGUUGAAGUCGUCUACCACGCCGCCCAUUACCACGUACCCGUCCCGCCGCGCGAGCUCGACGCUCCCUUCUACACCUCCUGCCAGGAGCCCGACACCACCGCGCCUCGCGAGAAUGCCGCCAUCGUCAUGCUGGCUCGCAACGAAGAAGUCGACAAGGCCGCCCGUUCCGUCCGCAGCAUCGAGGAGCGCUUCAACCGCUGGUUCCAGUACCCCAUCGUCUUCCUCAACGACGAGCCCUGGAGCGACGACUUCAUCCGCACCCUGAAUGCCACCACCUCCGGCCCGGCCUUCUUCGAGCGCGUCCCCAAGGAGCAAUGGACCUUCCCCUCCUGGAUGGACGCCGAUGCCGCCCGCGCGAGCAUAAAGCAACAGGGCGAGCAGCAGAUCCUCUAUGCCGGGAAAGAGACGUACCACCACAUGUGCAGGUUCUUCUCCGGGAACUUUUACCAGGUCGAAGCGCUAAAGAAAUACAAGUGGUACUGGCGGCUAGAACCGGACGUCGAAUUCUCCUGCUCCCUCACCUACGACCCUUUCGUCGAGAUGGCUCGCCACAAGAAGGUGUACGGCUUCACCAUAUCCCUCUGGGAAGAGAAGCGCACCUGUCCCAGCCUCUUUCGAGAGGUAUCAGAUUGGAAGGAGGAGAUGGGAAUCCGAAGCACCACUCUGUGGAAGGCAUCGAUCGACGCGUCCUGGGUGCCCUGGCCGUUUCGGCCCCUGCUCAGCUGGUUCUCGCACCGCGAUGGCUCCGGCGACGGUUGGAACCUCUGCCACUACUGGAGCAAUUUCGAGAUUGCCGACCUCGACUUCUUCCGCGGUCCCAGAUAUCAGGACCUGUACCAGCGUUUGGAGCACUCCGGCGGCUUCUAUUUCGAAAGGUGGGGUGAUGCGGCUGUCCACUCGCUUGCUGUCAACAUGCUUGUAGAGCCGCACCAGGUGCAUCACUUUGCCGACAUUGGAUAUCGACAUGACUGGUAUUACCAAUGCCCCGCCAACGCCCCGGGCGGUCAGCUACCCGACUCAGAGACGCUGAAUAACGCCCAGAGCACCUGGGCCGAAGAGAUCCCCGGCGGCGUGGGCUGUCGCUGCCAAUGCGACGGCCACCGCACCCGUAACCACGCCAGUUACUGCUUGCAUAAACUAAAAGCGCCGAACACUCCCAAUCGCCCAUGGUCAACCUGGUUGUUGAGCUUCAUCUUCUAGAACCCUAUACCUAUCUGACCGAUAUCCGAGGACGGCUGGGCAGACGGCACGAGAUGACACACGAAUGUGGCGUAUACUUCUCUCGUCGUCAUCAGGUCCCUACUCCGUCGCCUAUCUAGCUCGACAUCUGCGAGCACGUUCUAGGAUACCGCCGAGUAGGAGGAUACGCGAAGUAUCGACGAGACCGCCGCCUGCGGCGGCGAGAGAAAUCCUACCUCGGAGGUACAAGAGGACAGGGCGACGCGUCGAGCAAUGUAUAAAUGCGAGUGGGCGUCCGCACGGAUAACAACGGAAUAGCUUAUAGCAGAGAACAACGUGGUAGCUUACAGCAAGCUAUGUAUAUAUACCACCAGCGCGAAAUGCACACGGACGGACUUGGGAUGCCCUGAAUACGGAGAAAAGUUCUACUUAGAGUCGGGGUUGGAGGGAUAAAAAACACAUCGGGGAAUGUAUAGCACGAGCAAGCAUCUGCAUCACGGAGAAUGUGGGAAAAGAAGAGCGGAUCUAGAAUAUGAUGUUAUUCAAAACGUGCUAGUUCUGAGAGGGGAGGGGUUUUUGAACUACGUGAUUUUGGCAAGCCUGAGAUACGACCACGGUUAGGGUCGUGUGCAUACCGUAUACGACCGGACCCGGUCGAGCUGAUGCUGAG